UUGGUUCCAGUAGAUAUGGACAAAUACACGAGGAAGGCAACUGAUGCAACUCGCAUAUUUACAACUCAUAUGACAGUGAACGAGUUGAAAAGAGCGGUUACUAAAGCAACCCUAGAUGAGGAAACCAGGCCCCGAAUGAAGGAUGUUCAAAAAAUAAUCGACGCCACCUUUUUAAGACCCUCGCCUCAUAACACCAAGUGUGGUCCUCACAAAGUGUUGAAAUAUAUUCAACAGCGUCUCCGUGCUGGAGAAUGGCCGGUCGUCUUGAAGGCUUUGUUGUUAUGUCACAUCCUGUUGGAUGAGGGCAGCAGAGGAAUAGUCGACUUACUUCUUCAUUCUCCGUUUAUCUUUAACUUGCAAGAGUUUCGGGAUGCUUCCAAUCCGAGCGCUUAUGAUUUUUCUUCCUACACGAGAUUGUUUGCUCGCUAUAUUCAAGAGCGCAUCGUUACCGUUCGCACCCUGGGUGCUUUUUAUGAUACCGUUCGAGAGCCCCGUAGUUAUCAACAGACUGCUAUACAAGAAAGCGAAGGGUUACCAACUGGCCAAAUUACCACGUUGGAACUAAAGCAGAUACUCAAAGUCAUGCCCACUUUGGAGAAUCAGUUGGAGGUUUUGACUGAUGUUCGAUUGCGUGCAGAAGAAUUACACAACGACCUGACUAUAGGCAUCAUGGAAAGAUUGAUGAAAGAUAUGUUGCCGCUCGUCAAUCAAUUGACCCAAGGAGUGGAAGUGAUACAAGAAAAUUUCUUUACUCUAUCGAAGAAUCGUUGUGAAGAUAGUUUGAAGGUUUAUCAAACGUAUAUUGAAUUGGUCGAAAAGGCCAAUGCUUUCUUAGCAAUUGGGAACCGCCUUGGAGCUACAGAAAGCAAUAUCUCUUUAGAGCACGCCCCAUUGGACUAUGUGAAAGGAAUGGAAGAGCAUAUAUCAACUCUGUCAGAGGAUGGCAAGUCAUCGGAUACUGCAUCGGAAAGAAGGUCCCAUAUAGAUACGAUUCCUCAAUCGGCAGAGUUACAAAAAGUAGCAAGCGGUAACUAUGAUGAAGAAGCUGCUCUUGCCGCUGCAAUCAAGGCAUCCCUUCAGGAGUCAGGUAGUUCUACUAUGAUUAGUUUUGAUGACGACAGUGAUGAAGAAGAACAAGUCCAAAGUGACUCUGCAUCUGUUGAAGAUCCGCAUGCCUCCUCUAAAGCAAACAAUAGUAUUGAUGACUUUUUUGGUUUAGUAGAGUCGAAAGAUCCUCAAGCAGCUAAUGUUUCAGAACGUCCGCCAUCUACUGAAAAGCCAAAGAAGAAGAACGAUGACCUGUUGGAACUAUUGAGUGAUAUCAAUGUUAGUUCUCAACAUACUGCCAGUCCAGGGCAAGGUAAUCUUGUUCCACCCAUGCAUACAACAAACAGGACAAAGUCAACGGGUGCUUCGGUUCCUGAUCCUAAUGCCGCCUCACAACAACCACAAUGGAAUAAUGAGAUGGACUCACAAGCACCGUUUCAAACUAUGCAAGGUUAUUAUUCCACUAUUGGAGGUAUGAAUAUGAUGCCCAUGUUUCCGAGUCAACAUGGAAUGAUGACUCCCAAUAUGAUGAUGACUCCCUAUAUGACUUAUGGAGGUCCUGGAAACUGGUCUGGUAUGCCAAUGGGAGGUUAUCCUUCAGGCAUGUAUAUGCAAUAUAAUAGUAAUAUGGGUGGUUGGAACCCAGGACUAGUACCUUCCAUGCAACCACAACAACAAAUGUAUCCCAACUACAACAACAUGAGUGCCAGAAUACCAGGAACGGUGAAUAUAGCACAUUCUCCACCCGAAUAUGAUUUCACACAUGUCGACAAAAGUGCUGCAUCUUCUCAUGUGAACACUUCACAAGGCUAUUCGAGUAGAGUGGAAGAGAAGCGUCGGGACCCUGUUUUUGGUGAGUUGAAUCCAUUCGGUGUUUCACAAGAAAGCAACGCAAAAGAAACUGAGAAGCAUCAAAACUAAACUUUUUAAAUGUGCCCAUCCUGUGAAAUUGUUUGUGUAUGGAAUCAAACCAUCUUAUUUGUUCCCAAUAAAAUAUUAUCGAAUGAGUUCAAUAUGCAAGUUUAAAUAAUAAGUACAUCGACCCGCGAAUAAGAAGACCAUUC